CAUGUCAUUGUUUGCAAGGCAGCUGGUUUUAAGAAAAUAACACGCAAGAUCCAUCUCCAAACAACCAUGCAAGAACAAAGUACUAUGGAAGUUGAUAGGCUUUCACACCAUCCAUGUCAUCGUCUCAGUGUACCAGCAGCCAAACUGUUUUGGUGUCGCCACUGUAUGGAGAAGUUUGAAGACCCUAUUUCGAGAUGGCGCCAUAGCAAAACUUGCAAGACUGAAGGGACUCUUAAUAUGAACAAACGUAAAGAACAAGAGGCAGAAGCAUUCAAAUUGUUUGUGGAGUCGACCACAGAACCUGAACAAGAGACGGAGCUGGAAUCUUCACUUCAACUUACAGCAGCAACAGUUUCACCUCCAGAAAAGAUUCCUAGUGUAACCCAGCAGACAGGAACAGAUCUCAACUGUUUUAUAUGUAAAAAAGAGUUCAUGAGUUUGGACGAGAUGCGUGCACACGUUCGAACCCCGUGCAAUAAACAGGACAAACAUUCGGAAGUGUACAGCAGGUUUCCAUUCAUCACUGACAGUUUUAAGAACAGCCAUAUGGAAUCUGCUGACCAAUUACAUGUACAUGAUGAAUUAGAUUCAUUGUUAACUUUGCACAAUACAGAAAAACAACCAAAUAAAGAAGAGAUGAUCAUUGCUAAACUUCUCAGCCAGUGGUCUCAACAGAAAGUGUCUUAUAAACAGCCCAAUAAAGAGAUGAAACAUAAGUCGCCUUUGUUAAAAAAUUCCACUAUUACCUCGGAACAGAGUCUAAACUAUAUGCAAGCCCAGUCCACCGUGGUCUUAGACACCAUGACAGAAGGUCAUUGUUUUUCACAAAAAACUGUUAUUGAAACGUGCAGUCAUGAUGAACAGAUUUUCAUUGGUCAUAAAACAAGUAAUGGCAAUAUGUCUAUGAAAAGCUCAGAAGUUGAAGUACUUGAAGAUGUUGCUCAGCAGGAUUGUAAUGAUCAAAGCCAUAAACAUCUAGAAAAGCACUGGAAUUCAGAAGCAGUUUUAAAGAGUGGUGUUACAAAUGAAUUGCCUGAUAGAAAGAGAAAAUGCAUUGAUCAGAAUUUUGAUUCUGUGGUUAAAAGACAAAGAGUUGAUGACUUGAUGUCAAAGGAUGAAACCUGCACCAAAAUAUUUAACAAUAGUGAGAUUGACAUAAAGGCUAGUCAAAAAAAAGAAAAUGAAGAUUCACAAAACGUGGGUUGUGAAGCAGGGAAAGGUGUUGGUGUUAAAAAGCCAACUUUUCAGGAUGCCUUGGAAAUGAGAAGGGACUGUGACAAAGAUGGUAUUUUACAUGUGUCUGGAGAUAAUAACACUGUCAGUGUCGUUAAUGGUGAUUGUGUUAGUACUAAGCAUAGUCCUGCAAAUAUUACUGAUGUUUCAAAACCUGGCAAUGAUCAUUAUGCGACUACUGAUUCAUUCAUUGUCAGACAGUCAUUUGAGCAAUCUGACAAAGAAAACCAUGCUUCAGUAGAUGUUUGUCCUCUUGUUACUAAGGAUGAAAAAGAUUCUGUAUCUGUAAAAUGUUUCCGUCCAGUUAGAACCAUUCCCAGUGCUGUAUCUUCAGUGAUAACUUGUGAUUAUACUCUGGAUCAAAUCGUGUCCAUGGAAUCAAGUCCAGAGAAGGAUUUUACUGUUCUAAGGGAACCUGAAACUCUACUUGCUGGUAAACAAAAUCUGGAAAACAAAAGUCCUAUGGCAAAGAUUUGUUCUUCAAGAAAGUACAAGUCCAUAAAGGUUAGCAAGAAUAAGCCUAAACCAGUCAGAGCUGUUAUUCCAGUUGUUAACACAGGCCUGAGGAACACAAACCAUGAUGAUUCAGAUACUGACUGUAUCGAAACAGUUGAGAGCAAGUACAUAACCCAUUCACCUAGUCCUGCUAAAACUAGAUCAAAACUCAAGGAUCCUGCAUUUUGUUCUGUACGGUCAACUGCAAGAACGUUGAAGCCAACUCAGAAAAAAUUGGAAUUGAUGGUAGAACAAAAGUCUAGGUCAAAAGUACAACCAAAAGGUAAAACACAGAGUGCAACAAAAGACCAAAUAACAAACAAAAAGUCUGUUAAAAAGUCUGUUAAAGUAUCUGAAAAACAAACUGCAAAAAAAAAUUCUGCGGGAAAAGAAAGUAAAUUGAGAGAGAAAAAACCUAAACCAGAAAAAACUGUAAUGUUCCAUCAACUUAAAACAGAAAAGUCAAAAUCUAAACCUCCAAAAAAUCUCAAAUGUAGAUUGUGUGACAGGAUUUUUGAUUCUGUGAAACAGUAUCAGAAUCACACACGCAUUCCUUGUAAGAUGAAAAUUACUCGAAAGUGGUCUCAAAAGGUUUUACGACCCAACAGAUCUCUGCCACCUUCUUGGAAACCAAGGCCUGGCAAGAGAAAGAAUAAAGAUGUCAAGAAGCCGAACCUCAUACCAAACAAUUUUAGAAUUCACUCACAAUGGGAACCUAGCAAACGCAUUCGCAAGACCUCAAAGACAAAAACUAGACCUGCCUCACCACAAUUGAGCAUUGUUGAAUCUUCAAAAGAAAAACGCCCACUUCCACACCAGCAGGUAGAAGUGUCAGACCUGACAGAAAAAGAGUUAUUUCUUUUUAAAUUAAACUUGAUGUGUUCAGAUGACCUUCCUCUGUAUAUGUGUGUCAGACCAAGGGUCCAAUACAUGCCACAUCCUCUUGCUGUUAGCGUUGAUAAUGCUAUUUCUGACAACUUAUCAGACUGCUACACAUCACCACCUGUUCUGGAACGAAUUGACAUUGAUGUGGUGAUGGCUGCAAUUGGUAGCACUGACUAUCCAUCUAAUUUAGAGCCACCACAUUUAAUUCCCGCAGUGCUUUAUAAUGAAGUCCUUCAAGCUAAUGAAUCUCAUUCGAAGACCAACUUACCAAGUGGUCAUGAUCUUGCCAUGAAUAAUGUGAAAACUGAUAUGAAGUUAAAUCAUCACAGAAAUAUUUUUGAUAUGAUUUCAGUGGUUAAGAAUUCUGCAUCAGACAUCAGUGAUUGUAGUUCUCUCAGUCCCAUUAAGAAUGACAAAGAAACAUUGAUAGGAUCUUCCCGGUGUAAAGCAUUUAACUCUCCAAACAAUUCACAAAAGUUGUUACCAGUUUCAUACACCGAUUCAGAUGGGUGUAAUGUUUUGCUGAACACUAAACCUUCACUGUGUAUUGGAAAAGAAUAUUAUUCCAGUACAAAACCAUCAGAUGUUGACUUGGUGAUAUCUCCUCAGCGUAAAGAAAAGAGAAAUUUGUUUGAGACACUUGGUUGGGAAAUGCUUUCUGAGAAUUCAGAUUUAUCAAUUUCAAAAACAGAACCUACUUGUCUUCCUCAAAGGCUAGCAGAGCAAACAGACAAAGAUAUAAUUGGGUUUCUGUCCAAAGGUCUUGGCAUUGAGACAUCAAAUGAUACCACUGCAUCGCCUGUCAAAGAUGCUAAAAAAUAUGAUAAUCAGUGGUUUUCUUCAAACAAGAGUGUAUGUCCACUGAAGAUGCAGUCAAAGUUUGUACAGCAGCCAGUAACCCAGCUUUCAGUCAUCAAACCAUUAAAAACCAAGCUAUUGCUUACUUCAAGUUCUGUCUCUUCUGUUUCACAGUCUUCACCAAAUUCAUCACAUCAACUAUCACCUGGCCACCAUUCUCCUGUGUUGAUUCCUUCACCAAGACGACCCACUGUCACAAAGCAUGGACGUAGUGCUACACACCUGUACAGCUCUUCUGUAAGGUGUAUUAUGCCACAAGAUCACAGUGAGGUGGCUGUCACAAGCAGUCCUAGUAAUAUUCCUACUAAGGAGUUGACCAAUGAUACAGAAAAAUGUAAUCAAGAACCAUUGUCAGAUGUAAUGAUCUUAGAAAGCAUAGUAACCAAUGUAAGCCAUAUUGUUAGAAAAUUACAGUUCAACUCUUGUCAUGAAUAUACAAACACUUGUAAUAUAUCUGACACAGAAUUGGUGUCCAGUGAAGCCUCAUCCAAAGAUACACAAAGAGAGGAAUCACCAUGUGAUACAUUGUCGUCAAAUAACGAUGUUCAACCUGAUGAUGACUUCCACCAAAAUAUGGUUCAGAUACAUGUCCUCCACAGUGAUGAAUCUGAAAGCAGUGAUGUUGAGGAUCUACUAGCAGACAUUGUGCAGAGAAUAUGUAGUGAUCCUUCCAGAGGACAAAGUAGUGUGAGUUCUAGAAACAAUCAAUGUAACUGUCAGAAUGCUGUGAUUUCUCUUGAAAACCGUAAAGAUGUCAGUUUGUGUAGCUGUGCUCAAAGUAAAUGUCUUUCAAAUAAAUCAAAUUCCAUAUCCUCCAGAGAAUCAAGUUCAGGGUCUGGUGUCUCAUCAGCUUUAACAAGUAGUGUAGUAAUUGACAAAGGUCCUUCUGUCUAUAAGGUUAAUACUGAAAACAGUUUUGAUGAAACAAACGAAGAAAACUGUAUUGGUGAUUCUGAUGAGGUUCAUGCACUAGAACUAGAAGACACCAGUGAUGAAGUUGUAGCAGAAGAACAAAAAGGGCCUUCAGAAAAUAUAGGUGAUCAUGUCAGCCCAGAUGUUACUGUUGAGUAUGUUGAUCACAUUACUUCUGAAAUGUUGGAUGACUCGCAUGUCACAUACAUUAUUAUUGAACAAGACGAUGUUCGCAAGUAUAUUGACUCUAUCAAAGACAUCACUAGUGCUGAGGAUAAUGUGACUACAAGUUCCUUUGUGUCUGUUAGCUGAUGAGACUAGUUUUAGAUCUGUUAAGCCACAAAACUAACUCAGGGUGGAUUUUUAACUACUUAAAAUAUUUUUUUAUUUUAUAAAACAUGACAUUCUUGGGGGUUUUAUGCAACUGAAAUUUACAUUCAGAAUUUUAUUUCUGAUUAUAGGGUGGUUGUUUUUUUACCAUUGAUUUAAGGGCUUGUGUAAUUCCAUAAAAUUAUAUAAUUUUAGGAACCACUCGUGGUUGUAAUUGUUACAGUAUAUAAGUCGAACCAAUUUUUUUUAUAUUAUUAAGAUAAUUUUGACAUUGUUUAAACUUUAAAACUUGAAAAAAAUCUGAAACUUGUCGGAACAUAAUGAUACACAUUGUAGUAUAUGAACACUUCCCAUGGUCAUUGGUGUUCAGUUAGUAAACAAUGUAUUCAGAUCACAUUGCUGCAGUCUUAACACCUCCGCUCUUUCUCAUAUGCUGUAGGUAAUACUACACAAUUCUUGAUUUGUAUUUCUGUGGAUGAUCCCAGAGGCUUAUGGUUCUCAUACCGGUGACAGUCUUUUGAUUUGUUAAUGUUUUAAGUUUCAAGCUUGGCACAGUGUCCCUGCAUUUAAGAAACCUCAUUUAGUGAUCUUGAUGAUGGGUAAUCACGGGUUUGUGGAUUCAAGCUGUGGAUACAUGGCAGGCCUAUUACUGACAUACAUGUAGUAGGUUUUAAGGAACAUAGCUGUUUGCAGUUGCAUGAAGGUUAUUCCCAUUUGAGGUAUAUCCACAUUGGAGUCAGAAUUAUUUCAGAAUCAAAUGUAAUUUUUUUAGAGAGAUGACGGUAUAUAUUUAUAUAACAAUAUUACCCAUUUGAGUUUCAACUCACAAUUUAUGCACUCCAUGUGUUAAUGUUGAAGAACCAGUCUUAAAUCAAAAUGAUUGGGUGUAAAAAUUAGUCAUGCAAAUUCUUACCCAGUAUAAUCUUCAUUCAUUUCAGUGGUCAUACAUUUUUGUAUUUACAUUACAUAGUCAUUUUACAAUUACAUGGGUUGAAUCUCGGUACAUUUAAGGUAUAUUUUCCUUUGUCAUUUAAGUCUAAAAGUGAUAUAGGCAUUAUUUUCUCUGUGGCAGCAAUCGGAAUGAAACUAAAUAGUCAUGCUUACUCCAGUACAUGUUUAAUUAACAACGUAAGAGUUUAUUUCCAAAACGCGAUAUAUGCCAAUUUCCAAAUUUGGGAAUUACAUGUAGCAUUGAACAUGCACUGAUUUUAGUACAACUCGGUAAAGCCUGUAAUAGAGUCACUGUCAAAAUACUUUCUUUGCCCAUAAAAUAGUGAUAUAGGGUACAUCAUGUUACAGCAAAAUCACAAUUUUUUCACAAUGACAUAAAUGGUUACGGUAUAUAUCAAGUUUUGAAAAAUGAACUACUCAAGUGAUCUAGACCAUUAAAACCAUAUCAAUAAAUUUAGCUUUCAGUUUUAUUACAUGUAAAAGGUUGAAAAUUAACAUGAAACCCUUGGUCGCCAGCAGGUUAGUUGAAGAAAAAUCUUACUGGCCCUUCUCAAAUUCAACUAGCCCUCCAAAACAAUAGUUGCAUUUUUUUGUUUGUUGAAUAAUGGCCAUGGCUCACUGUAUAUAGUCUGUUUGUGUUAAAGAAAAACGAUGAAUUGGUAUUUAACUUCAUAAUGAAUAAAUUUAAAAUUAAUACAAAAACACAUUAAGUUUUAAAUGCAUACCAACUCAAAAAAAACUAAAAUUUGAAAAAGAAAUCCAGUAUAAAUAAACAUGUUUCUUUCCAGAGUACCAUUAAAUUAUACAUAUUAAAUCACAGUUUUAAUACAGGGUAAAAGAAAAUGCAGUACAAAGAUAUAAAGGUAGAACUGUGCGUGCUUUAGUAAACUAGUCUGGGAGUGGCAGUCCUCGUGGCAAUACAAGAGGGAUGGAAUAAACUUUUUAGCGAUGCAAGUUGGGUGAAAUCCCCAGUAAAUGAUUUCCUCAGGAGUGACUGUUCUCCUACAGACGAGGCACUAGAUAAAGAUCCAUGGAAUCAUCUAUUAUUUUGCUAAAUGCCCAUUCGACUGCUUUGUGCAGAGAUACAGCUCUGUUCAUGUAUUAUAGUUGUAUCAUUCAGAUUACCUUGGAUGUUCCAUCAGUUGCCUUAAAACAGUUAUCUGUAAAAAAGAUCUAUGUUAACCUAUGUAGUUUGAUGGUAAUUUGUAAAAAAAAAUGUAGUCGCACUUAGCCAAUAAAGGUUGCCAUGGGCGACCGGACGACUGCUAAUUUUCAACCCUGAUGUAAAUAAAAUUGUAUGUACA